GGGGCUCGAGAGGAGAUGCCUCAAAGAUAUGACAUCAGAGUUUGGAGGGAAUGGGGUCCACGAUCAGCACCCCCAGAAUCCAGUUUUGGGUUUAUCUCAAAACUGGUCAAAGGCCGAAUACGCGUAGAGGGAAGACCCUUUUUUUCUCUAAUAAUUACUUCUUCUUCUUCGUCAACGGUGGAAGUAAUUAGCCGAUUCGCUCGCAGUCCUCUCAUGGGUUUUGCUUUUGGUAAAAUGGAACAACAACAAGGGCCAUCGCUCCGUAGCUUAACUUCCCUGAUUCUACUCUUCGUUUUGCUUCUCAGGGCCGCCGGAAACCCAGAAGGGGAUGCCUUAUAUGAGCUGAAAAAGAGUUUAGUUGAUGAUCCUAACAGUGUACUCCAAAGCUGGGAUGCUACUCUUGUCUCUCCAUGUACUUGGUUUCAUAUUACUUGCAAUAGCGAGAAUAGUGUUAUUCGUGUUGACUUGGGGAAUGCAAAUCUAUCUGGACAACUCGUGCCACAGCUUCGUCAUCUUCCAAGCUUGCAGUACUUGGAGCUUUAUAGCAAUAACAUUACUGGGGAAAUACCUGAAGAGCUUGGAGACUUGGCGGAACUGGUGAGCUUGGAUCUUUACAUGAACAAAAUAAGCGGACCAAUCCCGUCGUCUCUUGGCAAACUAGAGAAACUCAAGUUCCUGCGUCUUAAUAACAACAAGUUAUCUGGAGAAAUUCCAAGGUCUUUGACUAAUGUGUCACUGCAAGUUCUGGAUAUCGCAAACAAUGGACUCAGUGGAGAUAUUCCUGUUAAUGGUUCCUUCACACUGUUCACUCCUAUUAGUUUUGCCAAUAAUAGUUUAAGGCCGCUUCCUGAUCCUCCAUCUACUUCUAACUCUCCUCCUCAACCACCACCAGGGAAGAAAACCACUACAGCAAUAGCAAUUGGAGCUGCUGCAGGUGCAGCAAUUCUUUGUGCUGGUCCAGCCAUAGCGCUUGCUUGGUGGCUGAGAAGUAAAGCACAGGACCGCUUUGUUGAUGUACCUGGUGAAGAAGACCCAGAGGUUCACUUAGGACAACUCAGAAGGUUUUCCUUGCGUGAACUGCUAGUUGCUACAGAUAACUUUAGCAACAAAAAUGUAUUGGGUAGAGGCGGUUUUGGUAAAGUGUAUAAAGGACGUUUGGCCAAUGGGAAGCUAGUGGCUGUGAAAAGGCUAAAAGAAGAACGUACCAUGGGUGGGGAACUUCAGUUCCAGACCGAAGUUGAGAUGAUUAGUUUGGCCGUUCAUAGGAACUUGCUUCGGCUUCAUGGAUUUUGCAUGACACCUACUGAAAGAUUGCUCGUUUAUCCCUACAUGUGUAAUGGAAGUGUUGCUUCUUGUUUGAGAGAAAGUCACGAAGGCAAUCCAGCACUUGAUUGGCCAAAAAGAAAGCAUAUUGCUCUGGGAGCAGCAAGGGGUCUUGCUUAUUUACAUGAUCACUGCGACCAAAAAAUCAUUCACCGGGAUGUGAAAGCUGCGAACAUAUUGUUAGAUGAAAACUUUGAAGCUGUGGUUGGAGAUUUUGGGCUCGCAAAGCUCAUGAAUUAUAAUGAGUCCCAUGUGACAACUGCCGUACGCGGUACAAUUGGCCAUAUAGCCCCUGAGUAUCUUUCCACUGGAAAAUCUUCUGAGAAAACUGAUGUUUUUGGGUAUGGUGUGAUGCUUCUCGAGCUCAUCACCGGACAAAAGGCGUUCGAUCUUGCUCGGCUUGCAAAUGAUGAUGAUAUCAUGUUACUCGACUGGGUGAAAGAGGUUCUGAAAGAGAAGAAGUUGGAAAGUCUUGUGGAUGCGGGGCUCGAAGGAAAGUACGUGGAUAAAGAAGUGGAGCAGCUGAUCCAAAUGGCUCUGCUCUGCACUCAAAGUUCUUCGUUGGAACGUCCCAAUAUGUCAGAAGUGGUGAGAAUGCUUGAAGGAGAUGGUUUAGCUGAGAAAUGGGAAGAAUGGGAAAAGGAGGAGAUGCUGACAGAUGAUUUUAACUAUCCUCAUGCUGACAUUAACUGGCUCAUUCCAGAAUCCCUCUCCCACAUCGAGAACGAUUACCCUUCAGGACCAAGAUAACCUCUUC